AUGCCCCUCACCAACCGUGCCACCACCCUCCUCGACCACGCCGCCACGAACCACUACGGCGUCCCAGCCAUGUGCUGCUACAACCUCGAAGGAAUCCUCGCCACGGUCCGCGCCGCCGAAGCCAAGCGCUCCCCAGCCAUGAUCCUGCUCUUCCCGUGGGCCGUGACCUACGCCUCGGGGCUGCUCGUGCACGCCGCAGCCGAAGCCGCGCGGGCCGCGUCCGUGCCGAUAACCGUGCACAUGGACCACGCGCAGACACCCGAGAUGAUCCGUCGCGCGGCGGACCUGGGCGGCUUCGACAGUAUCAUGGUGGACAUGUCGCAUUACGAGAAGGCGGAGAAUCUGGCCCUGACGCGGGAGCUGGUGCGUUAUUGUAAUGAGCGGGGCAUCGCGACGGAGGCCGAGCCGGGGCGCAUCGAGGGCGGGGAGGACGGCGUGGCGGAUACGGUUGAUCUAGAGGGGUUGUUGACGACGCCUGAGGAGAGUCAGGAGUUUGUGGAUACGGGGAUUGAUUGGUUGGCGCCGGCGUUUGGGAAUGUGCAUGGCGAGUAUGGGCCCAGGGGGAUUCAGUUGGAGUAUGAUCGGUUGGAGGGGAUUAGGGAGAAGGUUGGGGACAAGGUGAGGUUGGUGCUUCAUGGGGCGGAUCCGUUCACGGAGGAGAUUUUCACGAAGUGCAUUGAGUGUGGCGUGUCGAAGGUCAAUAUCAAUAAGGUGUUGAAUAAUGAGUAUGUGAGGGUGCAGAGGGAGAAGGCGGGACGGGUGCCGUUGACGACGCUGUUGGAGGAGGCGACGGAUGAGAUGCAGAAGGCUGUGGAGAGGUGUAUGGAUAUGUUGAAGUCGUCGGGGAGGUAUCCUUGA